AUGGGAGAACACAUCAAAAUUAACCCUCUUACGGUGACAUGCGUCGACUUGCAAAGGCUUCUGAAUACUGGAGAGGUGACGUCCAAAGACCUUGUUCAUUUGUACUUGGAUCAGAUCGAGAAAUUAAACCACCAGGGCCUGUAUUUGAAUGCUAUGAUUAGCACUAUUCCUCGAAAUAUUGCCACAGCUAUCGCAGAAGAUCUGGAUAGGGAACGGGCAGCCGGAAAAACAAGAGGCCCCCUUCACGGUAUCCCCGUGUCAGUGAAGGACAACAUAUGUACAGAUCCAGCCUUAGGGAUGAACACAACCUGCGGCACUUUCGCCUUGAAGGACGCCAAAACCAAAGGAAAUGCCCCGAUUGUUGAUCGACUUAUCAAAGCAGGCAUGAUCAUCAUAGGAAAAGCUAAUCUUUCAGAAAUGACCGGAUGGAAAGGUUUUGGCAUCACGACUGGCUGGUCAGCACUUGGUGGUCAGACACAAUCGCCAUAUGUUGUUGGCGGCGUGGUAAAGGGAGAGAAGCUUCUCGGACAAUCAGUAUGCUCUCAGUAUAUUUCAUCUGUGCAAUCAAAAGCUGAUUCAAGAACAUGCUCCAGCAGGAUCUUCUUCGGGUAG